GGGACACCGUAGUAUCUCGCUCUACUCCAAGAGUUCUCUCUCUCUCUCUCUCUCUGUGCGGCAGUUAAGUUUGAGACUUUCAGUUUCCCCUCCAUUUAUGGCAACGUUCCUCGAAAUUGUAUAUUAUUUCUCUGGAAGAAAAGCCCUAACAGCCUCCAUUGGCCACUCUUUCUCUCUCUCUCUCUGUUUACUUUGACAAAAUCUACCCGUAGUUGAAGUUGAAGUUCAUUCUCAUGUCAUGUGUGGCGUUAAAUUGACCCUAAACAAGAAUGCUUUGAUCAAUCAAUCUGCUUAUCGUUCAAUCCUUCACUAGUAAGCUAAAGCUAUGAGCGAUUCUCAGACCUCUUUCUCCGACUCUGACUCUGCCUCCGUCGGCGCCAUCGAUCAGAAUGUAAGGAGGACUCAAAGAAGUGGCAGCGGUAGUCAAACCUUGGCUCCUGACUUACCGCGGCGGUGGCAUGAUGUUUUCUGGUUAGGGAUCUUCUUGCUUCAUUUGAUCGGAUUAGGACUUGCUCUUGCAGUUCUUGGGCUUAAUAGGUUCAAGAAAUCAGAUAGGUUUAAUAUUGAUAGAUUCACCCCUGGCGCAUCGGGAAAUAAUAGCGGUUUGACUGAGGAUUAUUGGCCAAUGCAUGCUCUUGCUGGAGGAGUUGGAACUGUACUUGGAUGGACUUGGUUGUUGUUGCUUGGUUCUCGUGCAAAUCAGAUGAUGAAGAUCUCAGUCCAUAUUUUGACUACUUAUCUUGCUGUGAUCAGUGUCUUGUGUUUCUGGUGUGAGCAGUUUUUCUGGGGUGUUGCAUUUGCAAUUGGUGCUGCAUUGCAAUUUUUGUAUGUCAUAUCUGUCAUAGAUAGACUUCCAUUUACCAUGUUGGUGCUGCAAAAAGCUGUGAACAUGGUAUGGAGUCUUCCUGAAGUUAUGAGAGUUGCAUAUGCAUUCAUGCUAGUUAUGCUUCUAUGGAUGGGAAUAUGGUCUUUUGGAGCAGCAGGCGUUGUGGCUUCAAGUAUGGAGGAUGGUGGACGCUGGUGGCUUCUUGUGGUUCUCUCAGUAAGCUUAUUCUGGACGGGUGCAGUCCUCUGUAACACUGUACAUGUUAUAGUAUCUGGGAUGGUGUUUCUUGUUCUUAUUCAUGGUGGUCGAGAAGCAGCAUCAAUGCCUCCUAAUACGUUGGUGAAGUCUCUAAGGUAUGCUAUGACAACAUCUUUUGGCAGCAUUUGCUAUGGAUCACUGUUCACAGCUGCAAUUAGGACAUUGCGGUGGGAGAUCAGGGGAUUGCGGUCAAAGAUAGGCAGGAAUGAGUGCUUGCUUUGCUGUGUUGAUUUUAUGUUUCAUCUUGUGGAGACUCUUGUCCGGUUCUUUAACAAAUAUGCCUAUGUCCAGAUAGCUGUUUAUGGAAAAAGUUUUAACCAUUCAGCAAGGGAUGCCUGGGAAUUAUUCCAAUCAACUGGAGUUGAAGCACUUGUGGCCUAUGAUUGUUCAGGUGCUGUUCUGCUGAUGGGAACACUUUUGAGUGGACUAAUCACGGGAACAUGCUCAGCUGUUUGGACUUAUAUCAAGUGGAGUGACAGAGUAAUCAUGAUAGGAUCCACUGCAAUGUUGAUGGGAAUGGUCUUGGUUGGAGUAGCCAUGGUUGUAGUUGAGAGUGCUGUUACAUCCAUAUAUAUCUGCUAUGCGGAAGACCCAUUGUUGAUUCGCAGAUGGGAUGCUGAAUUCUUCGACCAAUUGUCUGAGACCCUGCACCAGCGUCUUCAAUAUAGGAGUGACCGAGCAAGGCAAGUAUUGACCCAGAAUCGAUUUGAUAGUCACAUGCAAGAAACUAUUACUGUAUGAUUACUUUAGAAUAUACACACUGAAAUUUACUGCGCUUAAGUCAACUUGUAUUUAGUUUGGACUUCUUGUGGACUCCAUUACAAAGAAAUGAAAAUCAUAGAUCACAAUUCUGUUUGAA